AUGGGUUCUCCUUCUCUUUCUUUUGUAUCGAGCGAGAAGAAUACUUCUUACGCUUCUUUUUCUUCUUCUUCUUCUUCUUCUGGAGCAGCGACGAGAGGAAGACGAAAGAGUCGAUUUCGAGUGACGACGACGGCGGUGACCAAUACUAAUAACAAUAAUAACAACGACAGAGAAGAAGGAGAAGAAGAAGAAGAAGAAGGAGAAGAAGCAACGACAAUAACAACAACAACGACGACGACGACACCUUCACCUUUUAUUAUUAAAAAAAUCGAACGGAAGCAAAGAGGCGCGUGUUACGGGUGCGGCGUGAAAAUCCAAAUGGUUUCACCGUCCGCCGUCGGUUUCGUCUCCGAACUCGACUACGAGACGAAGAAGAAAAAUAAGCAGUUGGAUUUACUUCUGUGCCUGAGAUGCUCGAAUUUAUCGAACGGGCAAAUGAUUAACGCAGUCGUUGGCCAAGGUGGACAGAAAAUCGAGACCGGGUUAAUCACUCCGGAAGAGUUGAGAGAGACUUUGAAAGAUAUUCGCGGGAAGAAGGCGCUGGUGGUGAAGAUUGUCGAUUUGACUGAUUUUCACGGGUCGUUUCUCCCGAAGAUACGAGAUUUAGUCGGGAGUAAUCCGAUUUUGUUAGUCGUGACGAAGUGCGACGUUAUUGGGAAAGGGUUCGCAAUGGAAAACAACGAGAGUUUAAUCGAGUACGUGAUCGAAGAAUGCGCGAAGAAAAAGUUGACUCUGGCGGGAGAUCCGAUUUUCGUCGCCGCGAGGAAGCCAGGAUCCUCGAGAAGUAAUAGCAGUGUUGGUAACGAUACUACUGCACCGGGAACGAGAGGAAUACGGGGAGAGGAUUUGAACGGGAUGAGAGCGGCCGUGUUGACGACUAUUCGCGAACGACGAGGGAGAGACGUGUACGUGGUAGGAUCCGCGAAUGUGGGAAAAUCGACGUUCGUGAGAGAAUUCACGAAGGUGUUGAGGACGGAAAUGGGAAAUUAUUUCGCGCCGUCGAAGAGGUUACCGACGGCGAGUUCUAUGCCGGGAACAACUUUAGGUGUUAUUCCAAUCAAAGCGUUUGAAGAUAAGAAGAGUUUAUACGACACGCCGGGUGUGUUUUUACACCACAGAGUGAAUUCGUUAUUAAACGGGGAGCAAAUGAAGUCGCUGAAAUUAGGCGGCGAUUUGAAAGUGUAUCGAGCGCCGGUGUCGCAACAAGACGGCAGCAGCAGUACUAGCAACGUUAAUAGCAGCAACAACAAUAGUGAAAAGUUGAAGAAUGUUUCGUUUGAUUGGAACGGGUUGGUUCGAUUAGAUAUCCUCGACGCUCCGGAAACGGACGAUUUGAACACGGUGAACGUUUCGUUUUACGGACCGAAGAAGAUGCGCAUAUUUAAGUCUAGGAUUGACGACAUGCAAAAACACGCCGAUGGUGGAGACAAAACGUGCUUAUUUGAUGAAAGUGCGCCCACUCGAGAGUUUUACCAAUCGCUUCCAAGCUUGCGCGUUUCCAGAGAGGUGGAGAUUAGUCUAGACGAUUACAAAGGAAAAGAUCUUUCGAUUUCUGGUUUGGGCGGAUGGAUCCGCGUCGUUCGCGAAAGAAAUCACACCAAAUAUACAAACUCUCCCGGUGCAAAAGGAAGCAUCACCGUGCGUGUUUGGUCGUUACCUGGUGUGGAGGUGUUUGUUCGAGACGUCAUGCCGAUUUGA